GUCUUCAGGAACUUCAGCAUGCAACUGUGCUACAGGGACCUCAGUGUACCCCUCUUCACAGCACAAACAAAUACGUUUGGAAAUGGAUCUGGAGGAGUCAUACAAAGAGGGAGAGAAUACGGAGGGGAAAAUUACUCGAGCUGCAGAUGCAAAAUUGGUGAAAAAGGCUUUUCUUGAAGCCCUGAAGUCCAAUGACUUUGAAACACUGGAAAAGCUCUUGAGCCAAAAGAAAAUAGACGUGGACACCGUGUUUGAAGCGGAAGAUGAAAACCUGAUUCUGGCAUCCUACAAACAAGGGUACUGGCUGCCUAGCUACAAAUUAAAAAUAUCCUGGGCAACUGGUCUUCAUCUAGCUGUCAUGUAUGGACAUCUGGAGAGUCUUUCGGUCCUGCUCAACCACAAAGCUACAAUCAACUGCCGGCCCAAUGGAAAAGCUGCAAUCCACAUAGCGUGUGAAAUGGCAAAUGUUGAGUGUCUCAAGAUCCUUUGCAACCAUGGAGCUAAGCUGAACUGCUUUUCAAUGAGUGGGCAGGCGCCCUUGCACUUCUGUACAACUCAAACCUCCAUGCCUUGUGCCCAGCAACUGGUUUGGAGAGGAGCAAAUGUGAACAUAAAAACAAAUAACCAAGAUGAGGAGACUCCUCUGCACAUCGUCGCACGUUUGGGUGUCCCUGAGCUCGUGGCCUUUUACGUGGAACAAGGAGCACACGUUGAUGCUCUCAAUGCCUACAUGGAGACUCCCCUGGCCUGUGCAGCCUAUUGGGCCCUUCACUAUAAGGAUCAGAUAUACAGCCCGGAUCACCACCUCAUCUGUUGGAUGCUGUUAGACUAUAAAGCUGAAGUGAACACUCGUGAUGAGGAUUUCAAAUCACCGCUCCACAAAGCUGCCUGGAACUGUGAUCACGUCCUGCUGCAUAUGCUGCUGGAGGCAGGAGCAGAAGCAAACAUCAUGGAUGUCAAUGGCUGUGCACCACUACAGUAUAUCCUAAAAGUGACGUCUGUGCGGCCAGCUGCUCAGCCUGACAUCUGCUACCAGCUGCUACUGAAUCAUGGAGCAGCUAGGAUAUAUCCUCUGCAAUUCCACAAGGUGCUACAAGCCUGUCAUUCCCACCCCAGAGCUGUGGAGGUUGUCGUCAAUACCUAUGAACACAUCAAAUCAACAUCGAAGUGGAAAGCAGCCAUACCUGAUGAUGUCUUUGAGCGGCACCAGGACUUCUAUGACUCUUUGUUCACUGUGUGCAGCAAUUCACCACGGUCACUCAUGCAUUUAUGCAGAUGUGCUAUUCGGGCAAUAUUGUCAGAAAGGUGCCACCGAGGAGUCCCCUUGCUUUCCAUCCCCCCGUCCAUGAAGAAGUACUUGCUGCUGGAACCAGAAGGAAUCAUCUACUGAGCAGCAGCAGUGCGGGCAUUGGCAUCUGCCUUUCAGGAUCCGCGUGCCUCUGCGGGGUGCUGGAGAUACGGGCAAAACCCUGACACAGCCCUUCGCUUUUGUACAGUCGCAGGCCAGCCUGAAGCUGGGCUGGGAUUUACCAGCUCUCCUCAGAGCUGCUGUCUUUCCCUGCACCGAGGAAUUGCAGCUGCAGGCUGUGGGUUGCGCUGGGGGAGGCAGAGCUGGAAAGCCCCCCCCUCCAAACAAACACAGGGGCGCAUACUUCCAUGCUUUGUUCAGCCUAGCUUAAACGAUGCUUCUGCUGCCUUUGGUAUUUAUUCCACUGCCUGCUAGAUAGCAUUAGAGUCAAUCUGAACAACCUUUGAUACUGCUUCACUGUAAUUUUCUUCAGCUGUCAUUUUGGGAGUAAAAGAAAGGAUACCAUCAAAAAAUAGGACAUUUAUUAGCAUCACAGAAAUGCUUUCCCAGAAAGAAAUGGGCGAACUGCUUUGAAUCACAACCACAGACAGGAUUUCAGUAGUUUCCGUAUUUUCCUGUGGAUUGACUCUCAAUUCAAUGUUAGUUCACUGUUCACUACACCUGUCUGUAUCUUAUAAAGCUUUGUAAUAGUAAUAUCCUUUUUAAUGGCAAGAAUUUUUUCCAUUAUCAAUCACAAUAUUGAAAUUUGCAGCACUGAAAUUUCUGUACAUUGCUAUUCAUGCCCAGGUAGCUUUUAGCACAUGCUAUCUCUGUUUCUGCUCUCACUGUGACCAAUGAUAAUUUCAUGUCCUGGUGUUGAGAAAUGCAGGUAGAAUGGACUUGCCCUUGUAACCUGCACAGCUGGGCUUAUACCCAUCCACAUAUCCCUCAGGAUGGUGUUGGACGGGGUCUGGGAAGAACAUGAAUCCUUCUCUUCCUUGACUAUAAAAGGAACCUAGCCUGCUAACAUGGACUAUACACCUCAUUUUUUGGCAGCUAAGCGCAGGUGAGAGGAAUCCUACCUUAACCGAAAGGUGUUUCCAAGAUGCAGGUGUGUUGGCUGUGCUGUUACAGACAUGCCAGUCUCCCUGAUUUGCAGGCCCUCUGCUUUUGGACCUGCCGGUGCUGGUUUCCCUGCUUGCAGGAAACCUUUAUUCCUGACCAAGCUACUGUCUCCAGUUCAGGAGGAUGAAAUGAGGGCAGAGGCAGUUCACACACCAAGUGUCCCGCAGCAAGGGCAAGUGUGUGAUCUGACCUACAGAUAAAACCCAUUUUUCUUCUCUUUUUCUAGUUUGAUGCAAUCCAUCUGGGCUGUUCCACUUUUUUUAGACCCUGACAAUUCUGGGCCCUGUUAAAAGGGAGGUGAGCCGUGCCCACCAUUGGGAGCCAGUAACUCCUGACUUCUCAUUGCAUCUCUGACUGUGAAGCUGUCAGUCUUUAUCAUUAUUAUUAUCUCUUUGCAAGAGAGCCCACAGCAUAUUAGGCUCUUCCCAACUGGACAGGAGCGGCCAAACUAUUCAGGGUCUCUGUGUCUUGCAAAGUGGCAAUAACAGCACUUGAAGAUAUGUGCAGAUUAUUUAGUGUUAUAAAUCAAUUUGCUUUCUUUUCUUCUCAGUUUUCAUGAAUCAAAGACGGUACGCUGUGUUAGGAGAGAACCCAAUUCAUGGGUCUGUGUAUGUUUAGCUAGACAGCAACGUAGAUUGCUGUUUAACAGUUUCCUGUUCCAAUGGAGAAUUUCAAAGACAACACAGACCAUGAGAAAAUGCUUUCUUGUAUGAAUGAAGUUGUAAUAUAGGUCCCUGUACUUUACUAAACUGAUGAAAGCUUUCCAUAGAGUUGCAGAGAUAUCUCUAACAGAGACACUGCUGUAGUUUACAGGGGAGAAUGAUCAGGAUCUGGGGCAGGUUGUCUAUAGAAAAAACUGCUUGAGGCAGUUCCAGGUUGAUGGGAUCCACUGAAUUCUGCACUGAGGAAAACCAGUGAAUUUGGAAAGAUGAAAAAAGCUUAGGUUGUCUAAACCCACUGCUUUUCUAGGAUAUGUACCUAUGUAAGUCAGGCAUGAGGAAGAGGAUUUGCAAACUGGUUAAGGCAAGAAAACGUUCGUUGCUUUCUGAACAGUCUGACAAUAGGGCAAGUUGGGUAGUCCAGAAGAGACAGAUGGAGGUAGCUGAUUUUAGUGGGAACACAUCCCCAUGCUGGCUGGUUCUGGAAGUGAAAUUCUGCAUCUGGAAGAGGGAGGUUUAAGGCAGAACAAUAGCAGUGUUUUCUGACCUGUCAUAGUCAGGACUCUCUUGCUGAGAGAGAAGAAAAAAGGCUGUCACCAGUGUUCCUAAAUUCCCUCUGAUCCUCCCCCUCUGCAGUGAACAUGCUUAAUUUUUAUUCUGUGGGCACCCAGCCUCACUUCCAAGCUUUGUACCAAGCAGGUGCCAGAUUAUAGCCAUUGUGGUAUCUGACAGGGAGCACAGUGGGAUCAGGCUGAUUAUAGUCAUAGGAAUUUGCAAGCUGUUAAAAACACUGGAGAACAUCCCUAUCACAGAAGAAAGACCUGAUUGAUGCACUUUAAUUGCUUCUGUUGGAGUUAGAAAGACCAACAGUAAGCAAACCUUAUUAUUUGUUACCUUUUAGUAUUUCUUUCGUUUUUUCUCUUACUGUACUGUAUUCCCACGCACUGGAUGGAGUUGCUCAUGUGAGGCGUGGGAGUACCUGAUAAUAAGCUCAUCAUUUAUUAAAUUUACGGGAUGCACAGUCUUAUUAUUCUGACUUAAUGCAGAUGCCUUGAAAUUUCAUACUGUCAUAUACUCCUGAUCAUGCUUUUAUACGUUCAAGGCUGCAACAGAUUGGAUGGCUGCAGGUGGAAAUAAUGAGAAACCGAGUUGUCACCCAUACGCUGCAAGUUUGAACCUAGUCAUGACCUAAAAUGGCAGAAAAUUGUUUUCAGGGUUGUCUGGUGUCUUCUGUGAAAUGAGUUGCUUUUUGCCCUUUGGCUUCUUAGUAGAGAUGUAGCCAUGUUUGAGAUAUUUCCACUGCAUUUCACAGCCUAUUAGAAUAUUUAAAGCACAGAUAGGCACAAAGAAUGAUCUACCCUUUCCCAUUGGCAGCCCUUUCCACAGCUCCCUUAAUGACUUCUCAAUGGCUCGCAAUGAGAUUACAUGUUUUGGUCCUUGUGCUUUGUAAGAGGUGUAUAUGAAGAGAUGUUCUUAAGCCACAUGCAUUGUUGACAAAAGAAGUUAUCCCAUCUAUGAACAUAGAGACACUCUGCAUGUUUUUGUGGGCCAGUGCAGAGCCACAAUUCAGCUGUUCAUGGAAAUAUGGACAUCCUCUUUGUAAAGUGCUCUUGCAAUAAUUUUAAACCUAGCCCCUGAUGUCUGAUUGGAUCCAGCUUGACUCAAAAAUCCACUGAUUUCUCCAUGGAGAGCAUGUAGGUGAAACUGAAGUCAGAGUCAAUCUAACAGUGUUCAGGAAUGUAUUUUCCUUCAAAACCUUUAAAUGUCUCUUCAUAUUUGGUCAGCCUUUAGAGACAAGGACAAUGAGCCCAAAACAGCGUGGCUGGGUCACCUCUCCAACACUGCUGCUUGUCCUGCUAGCCUAAUGCCAAGAAGAGGAGCCAGAGACUGCAAAGCAGAAACUCAGGACAUUGGAAGUGGAAGCAGUAAAUCUUGACCAGUUCCUGCUCAGCCUCCAGCCAACAUGUCCUUGAAACCUUCACCAUUCAUCCUUGAGACAGGCUAGUUUUCCAGUGCUGCUGGUGGCAGGAGGGGAAGGAUAUAUCCUCAGCUGCGUUCUGCUGCGUGCAGUGGUAUCAAGACCAUAUCGGCUGCACAAGAUUUAGAGAUGUGAUAAGUGCGUCUUCUCUCCAUAAAGGUGGCUUUGGAUGGGUAUCAACAACUGUCUGCAUACAGACUGGUCCUGGAGCGUAAUGCGUGUUUUGUUAAUGUGCUCAUUACUGGUACUUUAAGACCAUACUCAACAGUCAAUGUCACACACCUCUACUCCAAGCACAAGCUACCUGAUGAGAUCCUGUUGCUUGGUCGAAUGGCAGCAGUACUCAGCCUCGGGACCUUCAGCACAAGGGGUGCUGGUUCCACAUCCCUCACUCCUCUCAUAAUGACUGCACUGAGAAGAGUUUGCAUUAUAAAGAAGAAAAGGCUUAAAGCUCAGAUCACAAUCAUGGGGCCUUGGGGCCACCUGGCACAGGCAGCCAGGAUCUCCAUGUCUUUUUACCCUUGGCAUUUGAAAAGCCAGCAGGCAAAAGGAGAUGGGUUGCCUGCACCCCUCUUCGUGCUCUUACAUGGCAUUGUCACUAGGGCUGCGUGGAGGAUGACGAGGCUGUCUGUAUCAUCUUGAAAAGUUUUGGACAAAAACUCCUGACUACACAAAAGCAGAAUGGUGUUGAAAUGUCCAUUUAAAUUCUGGCAGCUCUGCAUGGAUAUGUGUGUGCGUCGGCAUGUGCGUGCAUGGGCACGUGUGAGGAGACUUGCAGAGAGAUCCCAGUCGAAAUCUUUGCUCUAGUUUCAAUCAGAGUCUUUUGACCCAAAUCAGGGUAUCAGAGCUGAAACCAAUAAAUUGCCGUAAGUGUUUUGGC